GCCACCGACGUUGGUAACGUGUCAUAACUAUAUCCGCGUUUUCCAAGAUUUUUGUUAUUUAUUUGAUUGUUUUAACUUAUUCGCAUUAGCAUUAUGAAGUUGGUUCUUGUAACAGUGCUCAUCGUGGUUUCCGUUCAAGCGGUCCCAAGUUUUCCAAUUGGUGAUGAGUUGUUUGAUGCUGCCUCAUCUGGAGAUUGGGAAAAAGUUCAUGAAUUAAUUAACAGUAAACUCAACGAGAACGAUAGUUGGAAACCAGUGUCAGCGGGCAGUGUCAAAAGCUUGAAGCCAAUACCCGGAGGCCAUGUGUACGGUGAAUCCGAGUACACAUUCCAUUCAUCGUCAGACAUCAACGGACAGAAGACCGACAAAAGCGGAGGUCACAAAAUUAUCAAUGAUGACGGAAAAGUCUACGAGUUCGAUUUCAAUCCUAAAAUAAAGGGUUAUUAAGUUCAUUAUACAUUAAAGUAGGUGGACUGCGUUGGGAGUGAUGUCAGUAUUAAGGAUAUUUGGGAUGUAGAAAUAGUGUAAAGACAAGAAGUCACGUUAAUAAAAGUAAAUGUGGGCGCUAAGUUUUAGACAUUGCUCAUAUUACACGUAACAAGAUCAAUGACAAAUUACAAAUCAAAUCCUUAAGGUGGUGUUUUGCCUAUAAUACCUUUAUUUGGGCUCGGCUGUAAUUUCUAGACUCUUUCUUAGCGUCUCGGCCUCUAGCCUAUAUAUAGUUAAUUAUAUAGGGAUAUUCUUGAAAACGAUCACACAGAUAAAUUAUAUUACCGAUUACAUUUUAAAAAGCUCUAAGGAUAGACAUUCGAUCAUAUGGUCCACUUUUGAAUUAUUCUGAACAGACAUCAAGGGAUUGGUUCAAAGAGCUUUGUAAGACAUAAAAAGUUACCCUGAAUAAAUUUAUUUAGUAAAACUAAUAGUAAGUUAACGUAACUCAAUCGAUGAACCAGAAUAAAAAGCUCAAAGCGUGUCCAAUCAAUUUACGUUAUCUAAAUGUGAGUAAUGAUUUAAUCACGGCCGAUAAAUAGAUAAGCAGUAGAUAUAACAAUUUUACUGACGCAGUACAUCGGAACGUGUUUUAUGAUAAUUACGUAUCAAAUCAUUCAUAAUAUUAAGAUAUUCGUUGUUCUGAAAUAUGUUUUUUUUUGAUAGGUAUUUAGCACUCGAGAAUAAUAACCUAAUGUUUUAUCAUAAGCUUUUCAUUGUUGAUGUUAAUUCAUGUUAUGUAGUCCAAAAUGUUUUUCAAUUGCAAGAGGAGUCAUAAUUUAGUAUUAAUUUAUGUUUUUAACCAUCCAAAUUUCUUUGUACCUUCUGUGGCAAUCGCUUUUAAUUUUAUAAUAAUGGUAACAAAACUUGUGAUUGUAAUGUAUUAAAGUAUCAAAAAUAUAGUUAAAUUUUUUUGUUACUUGAUUAUUUGCGUAUCAAUUUAUGUUUUUAACCAUCCAAAUUUCUUUGUACCUUCU